CAGCUCUGUGGCGGCGACGACCAUGGAGCGGGAGCCAGGGAGCCGUGCGGAAGGCGGAGACGCGCUCACAGCCUCGGGAGCCGCGGCCGCCGCGGCGUUCAGGGAACCAGCGCCGCAGAUGAGUAAUGAAAGAGGCUUUGAGACUGUAGAGCUGGGAGUCAUAGGAAAAAAGAAGAAAGUUCCAAGGAGAGUCAUCCACUUUGUUAGUGGUGAAACAAUGGAAGAAUAUAGCACAGAUGAAGAUGAAGUUGACAGCGUGGAGAAGAAAGAUGUUUUACCCACUGUUGAUCCGACAAAACUUACCUGGGGCCCUUACUUAUGGUUUUACAUGCUUCGUGCUGCAACAUCAACCCUCUCAGUGUGUGACUUUCUUGGAGAGAAGAUUGCAUCUGUUUUGGGCAUCAGCACCCCAAAAUACCAGUAUGCCAUUGAUGAGUAUUACCGGAUGAAGAAGGAGGAAGAAGAAGAAGAAGAAGAAAACAGGAUGUCUGAAGAAGCAGAAAGACAGUACCAGCAGAAUAAGCUGCAAGCUGAUUCCAUUAUUCAAACAGAUCAGCCAGAAACCAUGGUAUCCAGUUCAUUUGUGAAUCUCAAUUUUGAAAUGGAGGGAGACUGUGAAGUAAUUAUGGAAAGCAAACAAAAUCCAGUCUCUGUCCCACCAUAAAAUGAAAUGACUACCAAAAUUUUAACUUUAUUGUUUUUAUACCACGAACUUUCACAUUCUGUAGUCAGUGGGAUUUAAUACAGUUAUUUAUAUUUUAAAUUAUUAUCUGGAAGGGAAAAAUGUUUAUUUGUAAACUCUUAUAUAGCAAAAGCCAGAUCUGAAAUUUGGGUAUUUGUACUGUGCUUUUACUGUAUGUCAAAUUAAUGCUUUGUUUUCAAAAUGAUCUUUAAAAAAAGUUAAGAACUUUGUAGAGUCCUAAGCACCAAUUAAGAAGAGUUAGAUUACCAAGCUUGUCUGUUACUUGUAUAAAAGAAAAAAAGUUGCUGAUUACGGCUAAUUGGAGUUUAUAUUUGUCUCAAAUCAAAAUGAGGAUUCCCCCUUGCCAGGUUUUCUCUUGUCUUACACAUUUGUAUAUCUAACCAUUAAUUUCAUACUAAGGAUGGCUUACUGUGUGUGCAAUAAAAGCAACAUAAAAGCAAAAAAAAAAAUAAAAUAAAAUA